CUACUAGUGUUUUGAGUUGAAUAAUUUUUGUGUUCUACUGGUGUUUUAUAAAAACACAGUAUUUUUGUAAACUUUUCCGUGUGACAGUAUUUUUGUAAAAUUUACCCAAAAUUCUAAUAUUUUUAUAAGUUUCCCUAUAAAAUGUUCAACCAUUAUAUAUAGAAGUUUUUGCACCAGGGAACCUAAUUUUGCACUUAUUUACGGAUUUGGCCUCGCUUUAAAUAAUACGGUUUUAUACCGUUUUUUUUUCAAAUUUUUUAUGCCACGUAUACCGUUUGAUGUGUUAUUGGUUUUGUCCAUAUCUGAUACGUGUAAUACACGUUUAUAGGGAUAUAGCUAGAUUUGCCUUUUUCAGUUAGUCCCAAUCAGUCACGAUCAUUUCCUUCUUUUUCUUUAAUCUUCUCUCUCUUUCAUUGUUCAGUUUCAAAUCGUUUUUUGCUUAACCAGUCACGAUCUAAGACGGUUUAUUUUCUCAAGGUUCUAUAUAUUUUGAAUUGAUCAAGUAAGAUUUCUUUAUGUUUCUGCAUUUCUUUUUUAUUUUUUUUUUCUGUUCUUCUUCUUUAAGUUUUUCGAAAUAGAACUGAUUUUUAGGGUUUGUUUUUGUGAUCUGUAAGAGUUUGAAUGUGGUGGUAUGGCGAUUACGAGAAGUUCGAUUUCUCCAUCACCGUCUGGUUCGAAAAGAAAAGAUGUUGGUGAUGAGGAAGGCAAUGUGAGGAAAAUGUCUUUGGGUGAUGAUAAGAGUGAUGAUUUUGUUAGCAGGGAUGUUGUGAAUGAGAGGAGGAGUAAGAAGAGUAACGAUCCUGUGUCUAAGGAUGUUGUGAAUGAGAAGAGUAAGAAAAUUAACGAGAAGGUUGCUGAGAGUGUGAAGAAGAGUUCAGUGAGUUCUUUGGCGAAGAAAAAGAGUCGUGUGCCUGAUAUUGUUCCUGAUGAUCGUAAAUCGAAGAAGUUAAAGUUGAAGAGUGUGGCAGAGAUUGAUGAAGGAGAUCUAGAUUCUGAGGAUGAAAGUAGUAUUGCUAUUCCUUCGAAAGCCAAGUUGUGGGAAUUUUACUUGAAGCCAGAGGAAAGAUUUUGUGGUAAAAUCAUAUUCUGGGCUCAUAAUGAUGAUGUUUUAGUAGAUAUUAGAGCAAAAUUGACUGAGAAGCAGCGUGCUAUGUUUGUUGCAACUUGUUUUGGGCAUUUAUUGGAUAUUCAGUCUUAUAAGUUGCAGCAUCAGAUUUUUCACACUGCAUUGAAUAGGGAAGUCCAUCAACCAAAUUCGAAAGAGAUGUGGUUUGAUUUUGGUCAUGAUAGGGUUCGUUUUGGUUUAGGGGAGUUUGCUGUUAUUAGUGGUCUGUUGUGUAAGGGUGAUAUUGAUAUGAUGAAGUAUGUUGGGAAGGGAGACGUGUUUGUAGACAAGUACUUUAGUGAUAUGACGGUGACUCAUGGAGCCGUUAAGCAGCGUUUUCUGAGUAGUACUUUUAAAGAUGAUGACUUUGCAGUUAGGAUGGCGGUGUUGUAUUUGGUUACUAACUACUUGUUAAGCAAACCUCCAGAUAAACAUGUUAGUAUUGAGUUGUUACAUUUGGUAGGUUCGGGUGAGUUUGAUAGUUUCCCAUGGGGCAAGGUUGUUUAUGAUACUACAUUGUACUAUUUGAGGCUUGGUUUGAAAGGUAAGAAGGGUGCUAAAUUGAAAGCUCUUGCUAAGGCAAAAGGAAUUGAUAAGAAGGGGAGUGAUUCAAAUUGUAAAACUUACAAAUUGGCUGGGUUUCCUUUCAUCUUCCAAGUUUGGUUGUAUGAGGUUAUUCCUCUUUUUAGAAGUCAAAACAUUUGUACUUUUGACCCUUCUUCAACAUAUAGGGUGUGUAUGUGGUCCAGUGCGAAAGAAGUUACUUCAAGUGAGGUAGAGAGGAAAAUCUACUUGUCAUCUAAGGUAUGGUUGCUUUUUUUUAUUAUGUUGUUUUUUUUGUGUGUGUUUUUUUUCAUUAUCUGUUUUUUGAGUUAUGUUUUGUUUGUAUUUCAGCUUUCAGUUACUCCUGUGUUUCCUUCUGCUGAGGAGAAUGAGAAAUUUGAUCUUACUGGAUUUAAUUUUUCUUAUUUUUCAUUGUCUGAUGAUGAUUUUGAGAGUGUGAAAGUACCUAAGAGGCAGUUAGACAAGGGUGAGUCUUCAGGUGUUAAGGAAAAAGUUACUGUUGGGGGUCCUAUGUUUGAUGAUGUUAAACAUUAUGUGAUGCGUAUUAUCAAUAAGCAAUCUGAGAUUGGGAGUUCUUUGAAGGAGCUGAGGAAGGAUAUUGAUGAUAAGUUUGUUCAAUUUGAGAGUAAAAUGAAGGCUCGCAUUGAUUCUAAAAUUGAAGAGGGUUUGGUUUUGUAUUUGGAUAAGAAGUUUUCAGAUUUAAAUGAUGUAUUGGAGGGCUUGAAAGAUUGUGUUACUAGUCAGAGGUAUGAUGAUCAAAAUGGUGGUGAUGGGAGUGAUGAUAGUGGUGGUGCGGAUGAUGAUGGAAGUGAUGGCGGUGAUGGCGGUGAUGGCGGUGAUGGUGGUGAUGGCGGUGAUGACAGUGGUGAUGGUGGUGAUGGGGACGAUGAUAAUUCUGAUUCUGGGAAACUUGAUGAUAUUGAUGUGGAAAAUGAGGAUGAUGGUGAGGGUAAUGGUGCAGCUGUUGAUGAUUUGGGUGGUGUUAAAGAUGAUGGUGCUGAAGUUUAUAAGGAAAUAAGACAAAUAUCAGAUGCUGUUGUUAAUGAAGUUGUCGAUCAGGCUGGUGAUCAACAUGCUGAGGAUUGCAUGGAUAAGGUUGGUAAUGAUCGUCCAAGUUUUGAUAUUAUGGGUUCCUUGUUGGCCCAGUCUGAAAAUGUUGUAGAUUUGUUGGAAGAUAAAAAAAUUGUUGGGGAUGACAAUGUUAUAGAAGCAUCUAAAAGGGAUAGUGAGAGCACUGACGAUGGUAUUACAUCUGCUGAGAUGUUAAUUAUAUCAGAGAAAGUGGAUGUUGUUUGUCAUGAUUAUGAGUUGAAGAAGAGUAUGGAAAAAUCCAAAGUUAUUGAUUUGGGUAGUGCUGGUACCCCAAGGGAUUUGCAAGGUGUUAUUAGAAUUGACUUUGGGGAUUCGUCCGGAAAAUCUGAUAAGAUUGGUGAAACAAAGUAUUUGAAAGGUCUACACCCUUUCAAUUCUGAGUUGCUAGAUCCACCGCAUUGUCUUCAACAAGAUUCAUUUGAUGAGUGGUUUCUUGAUGGCUUUAAUGACCAGAAUAAGAAGAAGAAGUUUGUUAGGGGAAAGAACAUGUUGGAUGCACCUUUGGAUUUCUCAAUUGAUUUUGUUAGUGAUAAAUGGUGGUUUUAUGAUCUAUUGACGCCUGGGAGAUGUUUGUCUGACUCUCAUUUGGAUGUUAUAUUUUACUACUUGAGAAAGAAACUGAAGUAUGAUCCUCGGGUUACUGUUUCUGCAACUACGACAGAUUUUAAUUUUUACAACAAGGUGGUUGAGUUGUAUGAAAACUUUGUGAAGUCUAAGAAAAAUAUUGAUUCUGUGCCCAAGAGUAAUAUGGUAAUUGAGUAUAUGGAGGGGUAUUGUAUGUAUGCUAAUACUCGGUGGUUGUUUGUUGAUUAUGUUUUGAUAUAUGUUCAUGUCAAAGAUGAUCAACAUUGGGUUUUAGUUGUUUUUGAUAUAAAGAAUAGGUGUCUCAAUGUCUAUAAUUCAAUGUGGUCGAAAAGAGAUGGUGACAAGACGACAGGAUUGUAUAUCAGGCCUCUUGCUGUUAUGUUGCCAAUAUGUUUGCAUUUGAUGGACUUUUAUAGUCGAAGGGAGGAUAUUGACCGGAGCAAAGGUUGGUUUAGAGGGAAGAAAGACAGUGACAAGCUUGAUGUGUUUACCGUGACUAAUCUGCCUCAGCAAUUGGAUAAGUAAGUGUAUGUUUUUUUUUUUGUUUUUAUGUUUU